AUGGUGGAAACCCCCAGCGAUGUCGACCUACAUCAACUCCUCGUCCCCUCUUCCUCGAACGAUGUCUCUUCCCAACACCAGGCCAAUUCCGCGUCUUCCGAACCCAGCAGUGAUGCUGGCUCCUUCGUGAUCCCGGACAAUCUCUCCAGAAGCAACUCCGUCUUCUCCUUUUCGAGGGCAUCCUUCAGCAGUCAAAUUGCGAGUCUGACUUCGAUUAAUAUUCCACAAGCCGAGUCUCUUGCUGCGACCGUCAGCUCCCUCCCAAACGCCCGCAAGGCCAUAAGAGCCAUCUCUACUGCUGCCGAGCAAAUACAAUCAUGGAUCAAGAAGGCCUUGAAAGUUUUGGAAAAUCUCGAUGCCGAAGACGAUGUGGAGUGGGCUGCGGCGGCCGGAAGGUUGGGCCUGGAUGAAACAGAUAAAACUAUAAACAAAUUCGAGUCUUUGAUCAACAUGUAUGUCCUAUCGAUCGAAGAACUGCAAUCGCGCCCCGAUAUUGGCGAGGCAAAUCCCGAAGAUCUGCAGGCUGUGGUUGAACAGAUGGAGUCGGUUCUGGGCGGCUGGGAUGACGUCCGGAAAGACCUGAAAAACGUUCACGAACAGGUGGAGCUGGCCAUGGAAUGGGAGGAGUUGUGGGCAAAAGUCCUCGGAGAUGUGGGUGCAGAGAUGGACGCACUGAGCGCCAUGGUCUUUGAAAUGGAGGAGAAGAGACACACGGCCUAUCAAACACAGACUCAGGUUGAUUCAAGUCAAAAUAUCGAUCUGAACGAACUCGAGAGCUUCAUCGAUGAGCCGACCCAGAAACGGACUGCGCCAAACCGGUUCAGCAUCCCUUCUUUCGAGUCGUCACCCCUUGGAUCUCCCAUUAUCGAAAAUCCCCAGGACGACUCCAACUUGCUUGCUCUCUUCGCUAGGAUGCAACCCCUCAGAGCUUCAUUGGAUUUCCUGCCUAUGAGGUUAUCUAUGUUCCAGUCCCGAGCGGAGAAGAUCUUUCCCAUUGCUUGCCGAGAGCUUGAUGACAAGCGGGCGCGAUUGGAGAGAAAUUGGACAGAGUUGUCAAAGGAGGCGGAAACCCUUCGAAGAGAGCUCAGCGAGGAUCGCUGGGUGAUUGUGUUCCGCAAUGCCGGCCGACAAGCUCAGAAGAUGUGCGAUUCAGUUGAACGAAGUAUUUUGAAGGUCCAGGAAGCUAUCCACGAAAACUUUCAGGCAACGAACCCGUCUGCUUUGGCUAAGAGGAUCGAAAGUUUCGAGGCAAAGAAGCUUCAUUACAGCCCUGCUAUUCAACGGGUGCUUGGAAUCAUACAAAAAGGUCUUAAGGAUCGCUUGACGGUCAAUGGGGAAAUCCUCCGCUUGCACAAGGACUUAUCAUCCAGGAUGCGGGAUCUCACGGAUACCAUGGACGACCUCGACAGCCUCCUCGAGCCCGUUACCUCGCGGCAGAACUCGAAACUUCGAGAAUCGAUCUCUAGCAUCGUCUCCGCAGAUCGCUCGUUUACCAGCACCACUUUUGCUGGCACUCCAGGCAGCUCUCCCCCUUCGUCAGUUGAUCUCCCUCCACAAAGACAUGAAAAGCCUGCGUCGAAAUACGGUCUGAACGGGUACACAAAACAGCGUACCCCCUCCACAAGCAGGCCACCUCCGCCCGUUUCAAGCAACAAACGAAUGUCAAUGCUACCCCAAACGCGGCGCCCUACCACACCAAUGUCACAUUCAAGCAGUGGUGCGAUUCGACGUGGAGCCUCACCUUUGCCGGGGCCUCCAUCUGUAUAUCGUCAAGGCGUCUAUACUCCUCCUGUGGUGCCUGCGCCUCGGCCAGACCCUACGCCCCUUUCGAAUAAGCCCAGAUGGUCAGCUGUUGUGAAGUCGUACGAUAGCACGAUAGCACCGUCGUAUCGAUCCGCUUCCAGCACCACGCCUUUGACCGCGAGAAGGUAUACUCCGCGAUCUAUUUCUUCCAAUACUGCUUUGCCAUUGCGAAGUCCACUCAGCCGGGAAGCAUCCGCAUCACCUUCAUCCACUCUGCCUACUCUUGCGAAGAGAGAAAGCCAACAGUUCAGAUCCUUUGCUGAGCGUGUCGCUGAUCCUUUGCCGGCGAGAACCAGCAGUUUGUUAGACCCCGUGCCGUAUCACAAGACCAGGAAUUCGAGUGCUCCUGCGCCGGGGACCAUUCGAUCCCCGUCUUCACUUGUCGUCAACAAUCAAAACAAGCCUACAAUGAGCGGAGGAUCGAUCCCGCGUCCACCUUCGUCACUUAGUCGGAAUUAUGGAUCCUCGCAAGUCCCCCUGCGAUCAACAUCUCACAAUCCUCGACUGGACAACAGGCUGGAGGGCAGCCCUAGGAAGACUGAAGAUGGUCUGGAAGAGAAUGAUAGGGCGAGUGAGAAUGAAGAGGACCAGAUCACGGAACCGAGUUCGAGUCCUCUGUCCAAGCGCACGAUUACGAGGCCCAGCAGCGUUCUGGCGAUGAGCGGGAAGGCCAAACGAAUGUCAUUAUUACCUGUACCAGUUGGAAGCGGCAGGCAAAGUUCAUUGGGGUCGAGGAUUUCUUGA